AGCGCAACCACAGUUCCGUCGAAGGCAACCAACCAGGGUUCAUUCCGCUCUAAAUCCACGCUUACAAAGCAUAUCAAAAACAGUUUGUUGAGUUCUGCAAGAAUAUGCAAGCCAUUGACCCCUCCACAGCUGGUUCAAGCGCAAUGCACGGACUUUUUUCACCACCUCUACAGUCAAGGACGGACUGCACGUACUGUGGACUCCGCCAAAACAGCCCUGGUGGCGUACUUUGCAGACCUCAAAAAGGAGCCCAAUCCGGCCAGAGACGUUGAAUCAAAGCAGUAUGUUGUCGGUCUGCACAAGUACAACAAAAAAAACAUCGACGACGAGAAGAAAGCCCACCCACUCUCCGUUUACGAGCUGUCAUGUUUGGUCAACGGACUUUCGACGUGCCAUGUCUUUCUGGGAUCCCUCUACCGCUUCCUCCUCUGCGCCAGCUACCUGGGCUGUUUUCGCAUCAGCGAAAUGCUGAAUCUCACGUGAGACGAUGUAGCACUCCAGCAGGAUGGAGACAGUCAGUACGUUGCGAUUCGACUUCGGUGGUACAAGCAGGCUAGCGUGCAGAGUGAAUGUCAAGUCUACCACCUUGUCGACGAGAAGUCGUAUCCCUGCCUACGUGUGUGUGGACAUUUCAGCGACUACCAUGGCCUCGUUAGGCGUGCGAGCCCCAACUUGGCUUCCAAGGCCUUUGUGUUCCCUGCCUAUGUCAUGGAGUCAACAGGGACCCCAAGGCUCAACUGGUACAGAAGCCUUGAGCAAAAUCAUGUUCGCCUCUUCACCAAGGACGCGGUUCAAAUGUGUCCCGAGCUCCCUACAGUGCUCACUCGUACACAUACACCCGUUGCGAGACCCCAACAGCAAACGACACUCGACAGCUUUGUCACAUAUGCAGUUGUCCCUACCGCUCGGUCAGCCAAGGAUGCAUGGAAUCAAUGGUUUACCGGUGACGUUCGGGUCGGGUUGUUUCAACCCCUGCGGUCAUUCAGCAAGCAAAUGAUCCGGGCCGAUCGACGAAAGUACUCCGAGCGCUUGACGUUGUCGUUGGCCUUCUCAAAGUAUGCAAGUUAUGAGAUGUUUGAGGCAUUGUCAUGGACGACGAAUUAUAUCUACAUAACGUUAUCAUUAGAGUCAAAGCCAUAAAAAAUAAAAAUUUCAUCUGAUAAGGCCCG